UUUAACAGUAGUAAUAUGAGGUAUUGCAUUAAUUGCUGCAUACAUUUAUUACCAAAUGACUUGCACAGACAGUGUUUCAGAUGUCGUGGACCUGACCACAAUAACCAGAAGUGUCCUGUGUGCAGAGGAGAAAAUAAAAUCCCUUUGUACACCGACAGCAAGCAGAUGAAGUGGCUCGCGGUUCUGGAAGUGAGGACUGAUCACUGUGAGAGCUGGAAUGGGUUUUUCUGCCUGAGGAAGGGGAAGCUCUGCAGUUUGAUGUUUGGGCUGAUCAUAAUGACUCUGGUGAUGGUGUCCUAUAUCCUGACUGGAGCCAAGCAUGGCCUGUUGCUGAUCCCGUCUCCCUUCCAUUACGGAGCUUUUGCUAGCAAUCCCAGCUUAAUGGACAAUGAAAGCCUUAGUGACAUGAAAGACUAUUACCAGCCUUCAAAAAUGAAUAUUUCAUAUGUAAAGGAUUAUCCAAGCAUUAAAUUAAUUAUUGACACCAUUACUUCGAAGAUAGAGUUUAUUACGAGGCAGCGCCCUGAUUUAGAAGAGCUGAGGAAGCAAGAGCCACACAUGUUUUCGGUAAUUCCUAACAAAUUCCUUCCAAACAGCAAGAACCCUUGUUGGUACGAGGAGUACCGAGGGAACACAACCACGGAUCCUUACGCCACCAACUCCUACGCACUGUACUCCAAGCGCUUUCGGAUCAUUUUUGAUUACCUCAGGAAGGUGUUUUGGAACCACUUGUACCACUACAAGGACAAACACUACCGCCUGCGCUGCCUCCCACACUUCUACAUCAUCGGGCAGCCCAAGUGUGGCACCACGGACCUGUACGACCGCCUCAGGCUGCACCCCGACGUUCGCUUCUCAGCCAUCAAGGAGCCCCACUGGUGGACCAGGAAACGCUUUGGAAUCAUCCGGCUGAGGGAUGGAUUUCACGACCGCUACCCGGUGGAAGAUUACCUGGAUCUGUUUGACCUGGCAGCACACCAGAUCCAGAGUGUGCUGCAGAGUGAUGCAGUCAAGGAGCGUGGCAAGAGGAACAACAUCAUCAUUGGAGAGGCCAGUGCCUCGACAAUGUGGGACAACAAUGCUUGGAUUUUCUUCUAUGACAACAGUACUGAAGGAGAACCUCCCUUCCUAAUCCAGGAUUUCAUCCAUGCCUUCCAACCAAAUGCCAAACUUAUCAUCAUGCUGAGGGACCCUGUUGAAAGGUUGUACUCUGAUUACCUGUACUUCGCCAGCGCCAACAAAUCCGCGGAGGAUUUCCACGAGAAGGUGGCAGAGUCCCUGCAGCUGUUCGAGGGCUGCGUGCUGGAUUUCUCCCUGCGAGCCUGUGUCUACAACAACAGCCUCAACAACGCCAUGCCCGUGAGGUUACAGGUAGGGCUCUAUGUUGUAUAUCUCCUGGACUGGCUGACAGUUUUUAACAAAGAUCAGAUCCUUGUUCUUCGCCUGGAGGACCAUGCAUCAAACAUGAGGUACACCAUGCACAUGGUGUUCCAGUUCCUGGAUUUGGGACCUCUGAGUGAGAAACAAGAAGCUCUGAUUACCAAGAGUCCUGCAUCAAACACCCGAAGACCUGAAGACAGAAGCCUGGGCCCAAUGCUGCCAACCACCAAGGCAAUUUUAAGAGAUUUCUACAGGCCUUUUAAUACAAAACUGGCACAAGUUCUUUUUGAUGAUGCUUUUUUAUGGAAGAGGACAUAACGUGUAAAUUUCUUGCCACAAUUACAGUGCUUAAAGGAGUUUUUAUUUUUUUAAAUUCUAUUUUUGUGCGUGGAUAUUUUACAUUUUUUUCCCCAUUCCAAAGAGCAGCUGAUGGAUGAGCUGAGAGUCUCACCUUCAGCCAGCACGUCUCAACAACUCUACCACGUUUUCCUUGGGAGAAUGGAAAGCAUCUUGCUUUAAUCAGUUUAUUGCAACUUCUUUCACCCCAGCAAAGGAGUGGACAAGCAUGAGGACAAUGAGGUCUUACACUCUUGCACAGGGGUGUGGAAGUGUAACCUUCUCUGAGAUGCUGCAAC